GGGUUGAGCACCACUACCAUCCACUGUGUAAAUGUGUCGUUAUUGUUGUCUUUAAUAUUGAUGUUGUCUUUGUUGUUGUCGUUGUCGCCGCCGCCGCCGUCAUCAUCGUAUUGGAUAACUAAUAGAAAAGAUUAACUAUGCGAGUGCCUUCAACAACUGUAAAGAAACCUAGAAAUCAAUAUGCUUUGUCUGUGAUUAAUCGAUUUCUGGAUGAUUCCACAUUUGUCACCAAUUAUCUAAAUGUUAAUACUGAUAAGAAUAAUCAUCCUGAUAAAGAUUUUAUAUUUUUGCAUAACUAUUUGAAACGUUCAUCAAUACGUCAUUGCCUCAAUUUAAUUGACUGUGUUGGUGAUAACAACUCAAAGUCAAUUAUUGAACGAUUAAGACCUUCUCAUCAAUUAUUAAGAGAUAGUUUAAAAGUUUUAUCAGAAUUAUGGUCUGAUUUAGAAGAAUUUGUUAUGCGUACACGAGAAAAAGAUCAACCAGAUGCACAUGAACUUUACGAUCUAUUGGCUGAUAUUCAUAUUAGAGAACUUCUGGUAGCUUACGAUGAUAUUGCUAAUUGUCGAUAUGUGAAUGAAGAUUUCAAUUUGACUAUUAUUCCUUUCGAGGAGAAUUUCGAAUACAAUCUUUCCAAUUCACGAAACUCUUCAAAAAUCGAUAUAGGUGUGUCAGAAAAUGCAGAACAUCACAAAUUAUUCAACCGAACUGAUGAAAUCCACUCUGUGAAUAAUGCUCACUUGAAAACUUUGCACCAUCCUAAUCCGCCUCAUCAGCAUCCUCUUCAACACAAACCGGAAUUAUUUGAAAGUUCCAUGGAAUCUUUAGACUAUAAAUUAAAUCAUACAAUCAAAUCAAAUAGAAAUUCUUAUCAUGAUGAUGAUGAUGAUGAUGAUGAUCAAAAUGAUGUAUUUGUUAAAAAGUCUACUGACCAGUUUAAAACUCAUUCAAUUCCAAAUGUUUAUAAUGUAAAUAAAUCGAAUGUCUCAGCUAAUAUUGAAGAUAAUCAUAGUAAUAAUAGUAAUAGUAAUAAUAAUAAUGAUGUUGAAAGUGCUCCUCAAUAUGAGAAUAAAUUGAAUUACACAACCGAUGACCAAAAACAUCAACUUGAUCAUUCACGUCGAUCUGUUUCCGCUAUAAUUAAUCAAUUUGAAGCAUCCAUUGAAGAAAAUCAAUCAAUCAGUUAUUCUAAGAAUCACAAUGUUAUACAUAGAUCAUCUGUUACAGAACGUUUAGAUCGAAUACAAUCGUCUUCUAUACUUAGUGAUAUACAACCUACUUCUCCGAAACCUAUCCCUGAAACUGUUGAUGAACAGUCUACUAGGAGAAAUUCUAAAUCUUCAUUGACAAAAGCACCAUUGAAUGAUAUCGAUACUAAAAUUCAUUCCAAUUCGAAAAUCAUUAUUAAUAAUAGUCCUACAUUAUCGACAAAGAAAUCAUCCAUAACAAAACAACAACAACAACAACAUCACCAUCAAAAAACUAAAAAAUUUCAUGCUUCAGACAAUACUUUACGUUCAUCCGAUUCAAAUAAACAUCAUUCUCAUCAUCAUCAUCAUCUGUCGAAAUCUUUACGAGGUUCAUUCGACGGAACACAAAGUCUACCUAGAAAUCAUGGUCAAACAUCGAAAGAAUUAAAAGAUACGCAUUGUCAUCAACAUCAGCAGCAUCGUGAAAGUGUUAUUGAUUUGAAAUUCCCUCAACCAGGUGUACCAAGACUUGUACAUUUAAGACGUGAUUAUCCAGGUGAAAAUUUAGGUAUCACUGUAGCAUUGUGUACACCAUCACCAUCAACAACCACGGCGACAAGCACACCACCAACAAGUUUCAAUGGAAUUAUUAUACAAUCAGUUAGUGAGCCAACUAUAUCAAUUCAAAGAGUAUUAGCUGGUUCAUUAGCUGAUAGACAAGGUUGUUUAUUCCCUGGUGAUAUUCUCUUAGAAAUCAAUGGUUUACGUGUACAUACAUUGGAACAAGUAUUUUCUCAAAUUCAACAAACUUCUAGUUUAAUCGAUUGUAAGUUAUUAGUACAAGCACCUAAAGAAGGCAUACUACGUUCCGGGAUUCAAUGUUCCAAUUCCAACUCAAAGAAUAAACGUUAUAUUCGAUGCUUAUUUGAUUAUGACGCAACAAAAGACAGUCUUCUCCCGACUGGUGAUGUUGGUUUAUCUUUUAAAUCUGGUGAUGUUUUAGAAUUGGUCAAUGAUCAAGAUCCUAAUUGGUGGCAGGUACGUUCAUUGAAAGAACCUAAUUCGAAGGCUCGUUUAAUACCAUCACAAACAUUGGAAGAACGUCGUCAAGCUUUUAAUCAAGAAAAACUUCAACCAAAUACUGGUCGUAAAUCGUGGAAAAAAGUGAAAACAUUUUUCAGAGCUGCUGAUGCGUCAGGGCUACGUUUACGAUCAGAUAUAUGGAGUUAUGAAGAAGUUGUACCAUGGCCACAGUCUAAAGUACCUUGUCUUUUAUUGAUUGGUCCAAAUGGUGUUGGUCGUCGUAAUUUAAAAGUACUUCUUGCAAAUUCUGAACCAAAACGGUUUGCUUAUCCUAUGACAGAUACAACCGAUUCAUCAUUACCGACGAAUUUAUUUAAAGUUUUAACAAAAGAUCAAAUGGAAACUGAUGUAAAAUCUGGUGCUUAUGUUGAAUGGGGUAAAAUUAAUGGACAUUAUUAUGGUAUACGUUUUUCGGAAUUACGUAAAAUUAUAGCUAGCGGACGAACAGCUGUAUUAGAUUGUCAACCUCAAUCAUUGCAUUUGUUACAUCAACCAGAAUUCAAUCCAUGCGUUGUAUUUGUUGCUGCACCAUCGUUUGAAGUAGCUAAAACCAUGUUACAUGAUGGUUUACAAGCGAAUGUCACUUCAAAUAUUCGUACUGAUGAAGAAUUACACUCCAUUAUUAAAGAUUCCAUGUCAAUGUCAGCAAUUUAUCGUCAUUUAUAUUCACAUAUAUUAGUGAAUAAGAAUAUGAAAGAAAGUGUUGAGAAAUUAAGUCGUCUUAUUACAAAAUUAGAACGUCAACCAUGUUGGAUACCAUGUGGAUGGGCUUAUGAAUUAAGUAUACCAUAUAGAUCAACUAAUAAGGAUGGUUCACCGUUUAUACCUGGAUCUAGUAGUCUUAGUGCUCUUGGUAUACAUGAUUUACCACCAUCUUCAAGAUCAUCAGCUUUGUCAAAAUCUGUGAUCUCUGAAGCAUCAACUGAAUCUGCAUCUAGACUUGCUCGACCACCAAGUAUAUGCAAUGGAAAUUGGUCAAAUCAUCCUCUGUCAGGACGUGAACGUAAUUCUAUUACUCAACGUAUCUAUGAAAAACAUCGACGUGCUCAUCAUGAAUCUCAACAUCCACCAAUACCGGAACUUGAUACACCAUCUGAAUCUGUUGAUAGUUAUUUAUUGAAUACAAGAUCUACGCGUCAUCAUCAUCAAGCGAAAUCAAAUCAUAAUACUCUUCCUAACCAUGAACUACCUCCUCAACCUAUUCAUGAUGUUCGAACUUCCCCAGUCGACGAAGAUCAAGUUACAGACAGCGAAUUAUCACAAACCAGCUCUAAUGAUGAGGAUGAUGAUAAUGAAAGUAAAAUAACUCAAGUGGAAAAUGUUUUAUCCGAUGAACAACAAUCAAACAUCAUACACAAUCAUGAUCAUGAUCAUGAUAAUAAUAAUAAUAAUCCGUCAUUUCAAUCUAAACCUGGACUUAGAAAAGUGAUCACAACUAAAGCACAUGAAGAGUUCAGUUCAACUUCGAGUGACGACGAUGAUGAUGAUGAUGAUGUCGACAAUGUUAAUGUUCACGAAAACACUAGAGAUAAUCAUGGUGAAGUAGUCAAUAUUUGACAUUGAUACAGAUUAAUUCAUAGUUUGAAAAAAAUUCAUACAAAUCGACAACUAUUCACUUUUCCAUGUAACUAACUAGUUAGUACUACUAGUAAGUAGUAUUAAUUGCUUGAUCACUUGUAGAUUUUUGCUUUUGAAGAAAAACUACUACAAUACCCUGUUUUUCAGGUUUCCAAUCUAUUCCAUUUUAUAUAAUUUUGAUAAUUUAUUAUUUAAAUAUUAAUAUAAAUAUAUAUAUACUACUCAAUUUCUAUUUGAUUUGUAUACUUAUUGUUACUAUAUUUUAUUCAAGAAUAUAAUGUUUUUUUCUAAGAAAAUAAAAGUCAAACUGAGUUAAAAACAAUCAUAAUGGGGCUUUUUUUAAAAAAAAAUCAUACCCUAUGAAAAAAACCAGUAUUACAAUGGCAGCAACUUUGCUAAUAAUCAUAUACACAAUUCAUUACAAUUUUUAAAGUAUACACCUUUUUUUAUUAUUUUUGCUCUAAUUUAUUCACUCUGUGUGUUUUACUCACAUAUUCCGUUCAAUGUUCAAUGUGACAAUGGUUUUCCAUUGUACACACUUCUAUUACCACUACUACUGCUGCUACUUAUUAUUUAUUUAGUAAUAAUUUUAAAUUUGUUUUCAUUUAUUUAUAUACUUACUUAUUUUAUUAUGAAUUUUGUGUAGUACACUAACUUGAUUUUAUUUGUAUUUCUUGUUUUGUCUUUUUUUCGUUAUAAUAUUCAAAAUUUGAUUUAUUACACUAUAGCUGACUCGUUUGUUUGUUUUUUUUUAUACAGUAAAAUUUGAAUGAGUUAACGAAAAAAAAAUAAUAGAAAUUAUAUUUUGCUUCAUAACUUUUGUCUUAUGUUAGCCGGUUCAACAAGAAAGAUGCAUUAUUAUUUGUGAAGUAGAAUAAUUUGAUUUAUUUUCACACCAAUAAACUAUUACUCAAAGAUAGUUAUAUGAGAUGACGCUGGAAAUUUGUGGAUGGUAGUGACGGAGUUUUAAUCUCUGAACUGGAUGUUAUGAUGGUG